AUGUCCGAGCCUAGUCCCAACCAGCUUAUUACAUGCCCCUACAAUGCGGCGCACCAGGUGGAGCACUACAGGAUGCAUAUACACCUGCAGAAGUGUCGUAAGCAGCAUCCCAACUGCAAGAAAAUGAACUGCCCGUUUGACUCGACACAUGUAGUGAAUGACGUUGAGAUAGAUUAUCACGUAAGCGUUUGCCCGAAGAGGCAUAUGCUGGACACUCAGCUGUACAUUACGGACGAUGAAUACAGGCCCACUGUUAACCUGGUGUCUCAGCCUCCAGUCGUUCCUUGCGAGGAGAACUGGGAAGACGAGAACACUGCAUCAUAUAAGCCAGACUUGAGUAAAAAAGCACCUCACAUUAUUAUGAAGUUAAAGGGAGGUACCCCCUCGGAGCGUAGGAAAGCUCGUAUGGAUGGAGUCAAGAAUUACCGCCCUGCAAAUACAAAC